AUGGGCUUUCGGCCGCCGACGGUGUCGUCUCCUCGAGGGCCGGUUCCGACUAUCUUUGUCGUAGCGACAAUAAUAUGGUUCAUCUUCGCCUACAGCCAACAGGCCUUUGGGGCUCGCAACUUGUCUUCCGGUUCAAAGCCCGUUUCGAACCUUAGGACAGCACAGCAACCCAUCGGUGCCGCAAAGGUGUCGGUGUCGGUGUCGGCCAUUUCCGAUGUAGCGCGGCAUUUCGCCGACUGGCCCCCGCAAGCACCUUACGAUAACUCGUUCGGAGAGACGGGGUCGCGGUUAAAGCUCAUCAGGCAAUGGGUCGAGCUGGCCGAGUCUUCCGCCGUCAACGACGCCGACCGUGAUACCAUCCACGCCGCCGUCGAGACCGUCAUCGGCGCACAGUUCCCAUUCCUCGUUCGCGCAGAGAAUAAGACGAGGCCCUUUGCCGCUCUGCGCGAGAGCUUCACGCAAGAAAGGGGCAUCGUCAUCCCGACCGGCACCAAGACCUUCCGCCACGCCUGCCACCUCGUCGCGACCCUCCGGCGGACGCUCCGCACCUCGCUGCCGAUAGAGGUCUUCUACGCCGGGGAGAAGGACCUCCCGGCCAGCCAGAGGCAGACCCUGGCCCAGCUCGGCCAGGUGGACGGCGGCGGCGGGAUCGAGUUCAUCGACGUCCUGCGGCGCUUCGACGACCGGACCCUCAAGCUGGCCACCGGCGGCUGGGCCAUCAAGGCCUUCGCGGCGCUGGGCAGCCGAUUCGCCGAGGCGGUCGUCCUCGACGCCGACGCCGUCUUCGUGCAGCCGCCCGACGUGCUGCUCGCGCAGCGGGGCUACGCCGAGACGGGCGCGCUCAUGUUCCACGACCGCCUGCUGUGGCAGGGCGCGUUCCCGGCCCGCCACAACUGGUGGCACUCGCAGGUCAGGCAGCCCAGCGAGGCCCUGAACAGGUCGCUCGUCUGGACGCAGCGGUACGCCGAGGAGGCCGACUCGGGCGUCGUGGUGCUCGACAAGGGCCGCCUCGGCGUGCUCCUCGGCUUGCUGCACGUCGCCUGGCAGAACACAAAGGCCGUGCGCGACGACGUGACGUACAAGCUCAUGUACGGCGAUAAGGAGAGCUGGUGGCUGGGGAUGGAGCUCGCGGGGGCGCCGUACAGCUUCGAGAAGUACUACGCGGCGGUGGCCGGGUGGCCCCAGGGUCAGGCGCCGGACGGCGGCAGCGCCGAGGCCGGCAAGAUUUGCAGCUUUGUCAUCGCGCACCUCGACGAGGACGACAGGCUGCUCUGGUACAACGGCGGCCUGCCGAAGAACAAGAUGACGCUGCCUGCCACGUUCGAGGUGCCUACGCAUUGGAUGGUGAAUGGGACGUGGCACAAGGGGGCCAGCAAGCAGGAUAUGUCAUGCAUGGAUGGGAAGCAAGCUGUUGCGCUGACGGAUGCCGAGCUUGGGGUCUUGAGGAGCUCCAUGGAUGUAGCGCAAGGUGUGGAUAAGACCUGGAGUUUGAUAUGA